AUGGCGCUUCCACAAUUGUUCAUAGCCGCAGUCCUAGCGGGGGCAGUUUCAGGAUUUGUGCCCACCUCUUUCAUUAAGAAUGGCGACAGAGUACUUAAUUUGAUGGAUCCUUCAGUGAUUGAUGUGACUGCAAUCUCAUCAGUUGUCGAAUCUACAUCACAAAUUAUGCAACAAUCCUCAGAACAAGUUUUCAGCAUCGGAAACGGUAUCUCGAACUUUGCGUCACAACCUUCCAGCCUGCUCUCCUUUACUGAUCAAGGCCAGAAUCUUGCUGGAAUUUUCUUCCAAUCGUCACUCCUACCGUACCUUGCAUUCCUCUACUUCCUAUCUUUCAAGGAAAACCGGAUUCCAGAUGUUGGAAACUUCGGAUUUCAGUUUAUUCUGAUUUUCGUUAUCUCUACCAUCCCAUCUGGUAUCAUCAGCAAAUUGACUUAUGGAACUUCUUUGGCCAAUGUUGACUGGCUUCAUGGUGGAGCCGAACUUCUCUUGACCGUUGCAAAUAUCAUGAUUGUUUUGGGAUUUAAGGAGGCUUCAACAAAGUCAGACCAAGCACGCAUUGGACUUCCUCGCGCCGCUUCCCUGGGAAUCUUUGCUCUUUUCAUCGCUGCUAUGGCUUUGGGUCCAACACUUGGAUUCCAAGCCCACUCUGAAUUCAUGCUCGGACUUGGCGAUCUUCCAUCUAGCACUGUCAACUCCCUCCCAUGGGUUACCCACGAAGAUCCAAUCAAUUCGCUAUCGAUUCCAACUUGGAUUAUUCACUUUUCGUCAGUCAUUGAAUAUCUAGUCGCCAUGAACUUGGUUUGGAACUAUUCUGAAGUCACUGGAAACGAGAAAUGGAAGGGCCUUACAUGGGGAAUGCUUCCACUUCACGCCUCUGGAAUCUGCGCAUGCACUUACCACUUUUUCUACAAUGCUUCCGUUCUUCAAAUUCUUGUUACCAUGCAAGCAGGUUUCACACUUUUGGGGAACUUGACAUGUGCUAUUGCAGCAUUUCGUAUCGCACAAAGCAAUGGGUGGAGCUUUGGAGAAUUGAAUCCAUUUGACAAGUCCGACGACGAGGGUAUUGUUGGUAGUAAUGGCGCAGCUGCCAUGCCUUUGGCGAUUUCUGAACCAAAGGAAAGUAAUUUGGUUUUGGUGGCAAAGGUUACUGCCAUGACACUCUUUCUUUCUUAUGCUGUCAAGUAUGGUGAAUUGGGAAUCGACUUGGGUUUUGAACCUUCAGUUCCCGCAGCUUUGGCCAUGGUCUUUAGCAUUCCAGCCAUCACUGCGUUUGGGUACUACAAAAAAUCACAGGGUGAAGAAGGUAGCGGUUUCAGCUUCUUUGGCGGUGACGAUGGCGAGAAAAAGAUGCUCUCGAUGGAUGACGUGAAGAAGUUUGGUGUUGCAGGAACUGUGGCCUACGUUUUGACAGAACUUGCCUUCUGGAUUAUUGCUUUCCCCGUAGCUGGUACAGCACUUUACCAAACGACUGGGCAUUGGCCUGAUGUCAUCAAUGAAGCAGGAGAUCGAGCAGCUGUACUUGGUUUCAUCUUUGCUGGCGCGAAUGUCGCCCGUGCGUUCGUACCUGUUCGCUUGGGAGCAGCCCUAGCUUUGGCGCCAUGGGUCGAUGAGAACAUUCUAAGAGGGGAGGAAAAGGCCGAAUAG